AUGAUCAUCCUCGACGAGCAACAGCCUCAAAAGGUUGACCCUUCAUCAAGCCAGCCUGUUGCCCUUCGCCCUCUAUCCACCACUUCCCUUGAGCAUCCGCCUCCCUAUAUCCCGUCAGCUCCAACGACCACCAGAAUCAAUGACAACUCGGGAGUUGGUUACGAUGAUGAUGAUACUUCUACCGUCGUCGAAAAAGACAAGACAUUCCCGCGGAAGAGACGUCGGCGAUGGCUUCUAUAUAUUCUCAUAGCCUUCGUUGUGUACUCUGCUCUUCUCACAGCCCUCUUGAUUCUGAAACCCUGGAAGCGACGAUGGAGUGACGCAACUUACCACGAACAGUUCAGCUUUAAUUUCUGGAAUGACCCUCCGGGUCCACAAUUUGGCCCAUCCUCCGCCCCGCCUCCGCCUCCCCAUUCCCCCCCACCCUAUCCUCCGCUUGCAGCUGAUUACAGGGGACCGCCAACCGUUCCGUGUGAUGCAUGCAUGGGGGGUCAAAAUGCUUCGUGUGAUGCAUGGAAUUUCAGCGUCCCAAGCAUGCCCGAGCUUCGGUAUCUCUACCCGAAGAAUACGACAUCUUUCUUCAUUCGUUCCUUUGACUCUGAGUUACUGACCGGACAACUUGAUGUCUGGGCUCAUAAUUGGCCAGACAUGGGCAUCCUGAUUGAGGUAUACGUGCCUGGCCAAUUCGCACCUACGAGGGACAUCCAUGUGUGCAUGGUGAAAGGUGUAGGGGACGGUGAAUAUGGUUUGGAGAUACGCAACAGGAAUGAAAGAAAUAUACCUCUCGAUGUGACCAUCAGCCUAAUCAUCCCUAGAGAUGUGUCGCUGCGCUGUCUUUCCACCUACCUUCCCCGUUUCAGUCACAGUUUUCAACGGAGAAACUCACAACACCCCCUCUCUAUCGAAUCCCUCUCACUAGAAGGACCUGUUUCUCUCGUCUCCAUGCAAAUGAACGAAGUUAAAAACUUCAGCAUUGAUACAUAUGCUCCCAUCCGUGGGCUGAUGCGAGUGUCUCAGUACUUGCGUAUCCAGGCCCGGUCAGCUGAAAUAAUGGCCAACAUCACCCUUGUGUACAGGGGCUUGCCCUUCACUGUACUUCUUCAUUCCGAUCAUGCUCCGAUCGAUGCUAUAGUUAAAGCCGUUAAUCUCCCCAAGAGGCGUAGCGGUUCGACCGACCCCUAUGCCAUCCAUCUAUCCGCAUGCACCACAUAUGCACCGGUUGCCGUGAUCGUAGAUUAUCCAUAUUCUUAUCCGCCUGUCGCACUUCAGAUGUCUGCUGAGACGAAGCUCUCGCCAGUAUUGGCUCGUGUCCCACCUUCAUUUCAAGGUUCUUUCCACUGUAUGGCUAAAGACUCCAUAGCACAAGUUUCCCAAGCUCCAGGCGUAAAAGAUCCCUCAGGGAACAAACAUGUGCGGUCUGUCUUGGUUUCCCAGGAUGACGAUGACCCACAGCAAUCCCAACAUGGCACAGCAUCGUGGAACGAUCUUCCCAAUAGUAUGCGUGCGAAGUUAGGAACGGUAAACGUCGCAUCACACCUAGCCACGUCAAUCCUCGUGUUUGACGGAGAAAACUCGGCGCUCAUUCAAGGAAUUGAUGAGUGGCCAUCUGCGUGGCAAAUCGGCACAUAGCAGGGGUGUGAUCGUUGCUCAUGGGGUCAAAGGUAUUCUUAUUGGACACAACUUAUUUUCCCUUUGCUUCGUUUCUGGCUCAACUACUCCCAUACUAAGAUGAUUGCGUUCACUCCUUUACUUUCCAUCUAUUAAUCGCCUGUAUCGCUGCAUUUUACAUUACUGUACCUCGCACAUUCGCUGGUGUCGAACACCAUCCAAUUCAAUUCUACAUAUCCAAGAAAGG